UCCGCGUCUCUUCGCUGGGUAGCCUGGGGCAGCUUGUGGGUAACCCGCGGGCGCCGGAGUGGGGAGAUCGGGGCGCCCCGGAGGCCGGGAGAUGGAUUCAGUCGUCUCUGAGGAUGUGUCUGUGAACUUCAGCCGGGAGGAGUGGGCUCUAUUGAAUCCUUCACAAAAGAAACUCUACAGAGAUGUGAUGCAGGAAACCAUCAGGAACUUGGCCUCUGUAGAAGUUGUGUUGGAGAGAAACUGUGAAAGUAAGAAAGAGAGUCAGUGUGGAGAUGCUUUCAGCCAGAUUCUAAGUCUCAGCCUGACCGAGAAAAGGACUGGAGUAAAACCUUAUGAAUGUACUGUGUGUGGGAAAGACUACGUGCUUCAUUCAUCCCUCGUUAGGCAUAUCAGAUCUCAUGCUGGAUACAAACUAGCAGGCUCUAAGUAUGGAGAGAAGCCUUACAAAUGUAAGGUGUGUGGGAAUGCCUUCAGUUAUCUCAAAUCCUUCCAGAGACAUGAAAGGACACACACCGGAGAAAACCCCUAUAAAUGUCAGCAGUGUGGGAAAACCUUCAUCUAUCACCAACCUUUUCAAACACACGAACAGACUCACACAGGGGAGAAGCCCUAUGAGUGCCAGUAUUGUGGUAAAUCGCUCAGUUCUUCCAGUUCUCUCCGAAUCCAUGAGAGGAUUCACACGGGAGAAAAGCCCUACGCGUGUAAGAAGUGUGGCAAAGCCUUCAGUUGUCCCAGUUCUAUUCAGAUACAUGAGAGAACUCACACUGGUGAGAAACCCUACACGUGUAAGGAAUGUGGCAAGGCCUUCAUUUCCCGCACAAGCGUGCAAACACACAUGAUCACGCACAAUGGAGACAGGCCGUAUAAAUGCCAGGAAUGCGGGAAGGCAUUCAUUCGUCCCAGUUUUUUACGAGUACACGAGAGAAUCCACACCGGUGAGAAGCCCUACGCGUGUAAACAAUGUGGUAAGGCCUUCAGAUGCUCUACUUCCAUCCAGAUUCACGAAAGGACUCACACUGGAGAGAAACCUUACAAAUGUAAGGACUGUGGGAAAGCCUUCCGCGCGCGGCCAGCCUUUCGAGUGCACCUGAGGGUGCACACGGGAGAGAAACCCUAUAAAUGUAAAGAAUGUGGGAAGGCCUUCAGCCGGCUCAGUUACUGUCGCAUCCAUGAAAGGACUCACACCGGCGAGAAACCCUACAAAUGCAAAAAAUGUGGGAAAACCUUCAAUUACCCUCUGGAUCUGCAGAUCCAUGAAAGGAAUCACACUGGGGAAAAACCCUAUGAAUGCAAGCAGUGUGCGAAAGCCUUCAUUUCCGUGGAGAACUUUCGAAGACAUAUGAUAACGCACACGGGCGACGGGCCUUACAAGUGCAGGGAGUGCGGGAAAGCCUUCAGCUAUCUCAGUGCACUAAGGACCCACGAGAGAACUCACACUGGGGAGAAGCCUUACACAUGCAAACGGUGUGGGAAAUCCUUCAGUUGUUCCAGUUACGUGCAGAUACAUGAGAGAACUCACACUGGCGAGAAACCCUACUAAUGUAAGCAAUGCGGCAAGGCCUUCAUUUACCCUACAAGCUUCCAGGGACACAUGAGGGUGCACACUGGAGAGAAGCCGUAUAAAUGCAAAGAAUGUGGGAAGGCCUUCAGUCUUCGCAGCUCCUCUCAGAGACAUGAGCGAACCCACAGUGGGGAGAAACUUUAUGAAUGUAAGCAAUGCGGGAAAGCUUUCUGUUUGUCCAGGUCCUUGCAGAAACAUGUGACGAUGCACACUGGAUAGAAACCUUUGAAGGUGAGGAGUAAGGAGGAGUUUCCAAUUUCUUUUCUUUUUUUUUUUUUUAAGAUUUAUUUAUUGGGAAGGCAGAGUUAUACAGAGAGAGGAGAGGCAGAGAGAGAGGUCUUCCAUCUGCUGUUUCACUCUCCAGUUGGCUGUAAUGGCUGGAGCUGUGCUAAUCUGAAGCCAGGAGCUAGGAGCUUCUUCUGGGCCUCCCACAUGGGUGCAGGGGCUCAAGCACUUGUGCAUCCUCUACUGCUUUCUCAGGCCAUAGCAGAGAGCUGGGUUGGAAAUGGAGCAGCCAGGACUCAAACCGGUACACAUAUGGGAUGCCAGCACUGCAGGCGGCAGCUUUACCUGCUAUGCCACAGCACCAACCCCAGUUUCCAAUUUGAACAAAGAGUUCCAAACCUAUGAAUUUCCUACUGUAGAGAAGUCCCGUGAAUGUGAGUAACACAGAAAGCUAGAUGCAAGGUCACUCCUGUAUAACGUGCCAUGUCAUAUCAACUGAGAACUUCUUACUUUUGCAAAGAAACUUUGAGGUGAGAGCAUUCUCUUCCCUAAGGUAUGUUAUAGAAUUUUAAUGGGCAGGGCUUUCUGGUGUAUUCAAGACUUUUGUUUAUUUUAAAGCCAUUGGUCAAUUGAAGUGUAAUUCUAAUGAACAAUUAAGUUUAAUUUUAUAUGCUUUUUCAAUCAUUCUCUAAGUAUGAGACAAUUAAAAAAAUGACAAAUUGGUAA